GUUUCUGCGCUUCUUUUGGCGUUUGCGGGAAUUGAUCGUUUCCACACGAGCCCGCCGCGUCCUGCAGCCGGGACUCGGACCAGCGAGGCCGUGCGGCGCAAGUCCGCUCCCCCUCCAGGAGGACCGCCCGGCGGCCAUUUUGUUUCCACUGUCGCCGAUGACUCCAUGUGUCUAAUGUCAUGUAGCGCUAUAACGUCACACUGUUUACUCGCACCUGGGGGGUUUGGUCGUGUUGCAUUGAUUCAUUGUUAUCACGUACAACUGUUUUUACGCUGCAACAAUACGACGUCAGAGUUCCAGUACAGGCAGACUCGAAACAAAAAAACAAUAAUGAUUGUACUCUAAAUAAAAUACAACGCAAAAAAGACAAAAUAAAGGGGUUAACACAAAUGAACAAGGACAGGUUGACACAAAAAUAAACUUAGGUUGAUGAUCAGACGAUGACAAUAAGAGCCAGUAUGUUAGGAGUCUCAAGAAACAACAACAACAAUGUCAAUCUAAGCUGUGCAUUUAUCUCAUGUGUUUAAUGUUGUUUUUCCAAGAUGAGGGCUGUUUCCAUUGCCUUUAUGUUAGAAGUUAUUUCGCUAAGGGACUUGGAAAAAGAAUACCAGACCAGCGUAAAAUAAACCGACUAUUGGGCUUGGAGCCAACAACCUUGGAUUUGUAAAUGUGACAUUUACCAAGCGAACACAGAAUGCUGAGAGCAUCAUCUGCAAGGAGACGGGCCGGCAUGGCAAGCAAGGAGCCGACCACGCCGUCCUUCCUCGUACUCACAGCACGAAAGCGUCGCUCACUCAGACAAACAACAGAUGACAAUGGCGCCCGCAUGGUUUAGAGAGCGAGGCUCUUGGCUUUGUCAUUAUGUCAUAUCCGCAGAGCAACAAAUCAUAGUUUUACAUUUUAAAUUCAACGUGUGUGCAAGAGAACGUUGUUUAAUAGUAGCGUUUCGCGGUAAAAACGCUUUUAUGUCAUCUAUUGGUCGGAAAAAGACAGGCAGUUUGUUUUCAUUCAGGCAGUCGUGAGCCCUGCCAUGACGUCAAACGCCUGCGACGGGAACCGGCCGGGGGGUCCUUCAACUGAACGAUCGAGGCGCGGAAAUCCUGUGGUUCGAGGUGUGAUAUGUUUGCGCCUUGUUGCCGCCAAGGCUUUGACUUGUGUUAUUUUACCCACCGGCCUUUAUAAUGGAGGAAGUAGACGUUGAACCGACCCUCACCGAUAUUCCGGCAGCCGGUGCUGGGAAGCAUCUGGGGUUUGUGUGGGGUCCUGGAGACAUCCUGGUUUAUGAGACGCUUUACAAAGCGCCGGGUGCCUCAGGUUCCAGCUGCCCCUUCAUCCACGAAGUCAGGAAGGACGAGGACAUAUAUUCUCCCAUUUUACGCAAACUCUUCAAUGAGUCCCAUCAUAUCUUUGUUGGACUGCAGACGAUCAAAGAGGACAUACCCAGCAAGAAUAAGAAACCCCAAUUCGUCAGCAUCAGUAAGAACUACAGAUCUGUGAUACGAGCCUGCAUGGAGGAGCUUCAGCAAGUUGCAGUGUCCACACAAGAUCCCAAAUUGGCCACACAGUAUGGAAAUCAGGUGUCAAUUUUGCUGGCCAUAGAGCUAAUCUGGAAUCUGUGUGAAUUGCUAUUCAUUGAUGCUGCUCCAGCGGGUCCCCUGCUGCUCCACCUGCUGGACUGGGUGAGGCUGCACAAAGCUGAUGUAGAUGAGAAGGCAAGAGAGGUACUGCAGAGUGAGAGUCCUACUGAGCACCACACUUACUGGGAUGUGGUGGUGAGUUACGUGCUGCAGGGCAGGAUAGAAGAAGCCAGACAGAUGCUGGUGAAGCAGGCCACCCUGCAGCCUGCUGCCAAGAAUAUGUACAUGCUGAUGGAUAGCCUACUCAGGAAAAUGCCCAUCUACAAUCCUGGGGGGAACCAGACCUUGACAGAGUUUGACGUGAAGUGGAGGCACUGGCAUGAUGAGGUCGAUCGAUGCCUGCAGGACAGCUCCUUUGCCAGCAACCCAAACCUAGAGUGCAUCUGUAAGAUCCUGGUGGGGGAUGAGGACACACUACUGGAACUGAAGGACCUGCUGGGUACCUGGUACCACUUCCUGGUCACCAGGCUGCUCUUUUCUCACCCAACAGUCAAACCCACCGAGCUGCAUUACUAUGCACAGUCGUGCAUAACUAUGUUUUUAGACUUGAGGAAUGUCCCAGAGCCCCUAGACAGCAUCUUAUUGGCUGCCUUUGAGUUUGACAUCCACCAAGUCAUCAAGGACUGCAGCAUUGCUCUCAACAACUGGUGGUUUGUGGCCCAUUUGACAGACCUGCUGGAUCACUGCAAAUUGCUUCAGUCUCACAACUUGCACUUUGGCUCCAACCUUAGAGAGUUUCUCCUGCUAGAGUACGCCUCUGGUCUCUUCACUCAUCACAGUCUGUGGCAGCUGGCAGUGGACUAUUUUGACCACUGCCCAGAGUUUGGCCAUGUGUACCUGGAGCUGCAGAUCGAGCGGGUGCCUUUGGACACAGAGCGCAAGGCCCUCAAGGUGCUCAGGAUCUGUGAGAAGAGACAGAUGUCGGAACAAGUGCGAAGUAUCUGUAAAAUCAUGGCUAUGCGGGCUCUGAGGAACAACAGGCUGGGCUCAGCUCUCUCCUGGAGCAUCAGAGCUAAGGAUGCUGCCUUUGCCACCCUCGUAUCAGAGAGGUUCUUACAGAACUACUGUGCCAAAGGGACUUUCUCUGAUUUGGACCUGAUAGACAACCUGGGCCCAGCCAUGCUACUCAGCGACAGGCUUACUUUCCUAGGGAAGUAUCGUGAAUUCCACAAGUUAUACGAAGAGAAACAUUUUACAGAGGCAGCUAAGCUGCUCCUCUCACUCAUGACAGCCAAGAUCGCUCCACGAAACUUCUGGAUGACCCUGCUUCUGGAUGCCUUGCCACUGCUGGAGCAGAAAGAGGUGAUCUUUACAGCAGACCAAACCUAUGAGCUGAUGUUUUGUUUGGAGGAGCUCACCUCCUCAAUCAAGACUACUGUUCCUAGCCCAGACAGACCCAUACAGGAAGACGACGUGGAGUUAACCAAGGUUGAGCUCCUGAGGCUGGCACUGGCCAGGAAUCUGGCUAUGGCCAUUGUCAAAGAGGGGACGGUAGAAGUCUGAAUGAUGGACAUUCCCACGGAAAGUCUUUUUGCAUUUUUGUAUUUUGUAUAUAUAAUCAAGUAUCUACUGUGUUUUUGAUAAUAAACACUUUCAUG